UCGCUAACACCGGGGAUACUGCAGGACUGCGAUUUACUGGCAAUCAUGUCCGAGGUGAUUCCGUCAACAGCGUGUAUAAACAUCGCCCCAAAAAAUAUUCAUACAUGUUUGCAGUGAUUUUACUUUUUACUUUUUUAAAAAUUAUUAUUAUUGUAUUUUUUUACUCAGUAAUCCACCCUCCAGUUGGACAUAAUAUGGGUUUUUAUUUAAGAUUGAACUAGAAUUAUCUAGAUUCUUCUCAACUCGCUGGUUACUGUGGUGACAGUUCGGGACACGUUUGAUGUGAACAAACGUCGGACUAAACUUGUGUUUGUCAACAUUUCAACCAUGUUGCAACAUGACCUGUAGCCAGGGGGUUGUAAUCAUUACGUCGAUACCGUUGUAAAACAUUUUUUUUUUUGCAACAGAAACCUUUUACUCCAAAUGGGGAAACGCAAACGAGAGUUUCCAUUGGACAAAUCUACAGUAGGUCCCUUCCCCGGUGUCCGUUCCGUUAGCUUCCGUUUGGUUCUUAAACGGUAAACGGUUUCCGUAACGAAUACACCCCAACCGAAAUAUAAUAAUGUUGCAACAAUUGUAAUGAGUUUGUUGACAUCAGUUGGGGGCUGUAGAAUAUUAUCUUCCAGGCAGAACGAAACAUAUUCUGACUGACUAAAAGCAAGACUUAACCAAUGUCGAAGGAAACAAAUGAAUAUGAGAGUACAGUUACCUACAUCAUAGAGGACACUAAACCAAGCCGAAUGAAGAGAGCGGCUGCAAAGCAUCUAAUUGAGCGCUACUUUUGCCAGUUAACAGAGGGCUGUGGAAAUGGGGCCUGCACGAAUGAGUUCUGUGCUUCGUGUCUUGGUUUUCAACCGCUGGAUCACAACACGGCAGCUAUCAGAGCCCUGGAGCUCUAUAAAAUGAAUGCCAAACUGUGUGGUCGUCACUCUGCUGCCUUCCCUGACAACAGCAGUGCCAAAGAAACCCACCCUGCCUUAUCGGGCGACCGUCACGGGAAGAUGCCAGACCACGAAGACAACCUGUUUCCCCCUAGGGAAGACUUCAGAGAGGUGCAUUACCUGACUGAGGAGAAGGUGUACGAGAUCCUGAGUAUCUGCGAGGGGAAGAAGGACUACUCUCCUCUGAUCCGAGUCAUCGGGAGGAUCUUCUCCAGCGCUGACGCUCUGGUGCAGAGCUUCAGGAAAGACAAGGAACAACACCCCAACACCAAGGAGCAGCGCAAGACCCACCAGGCCAAAGAUGAGGACAAGGACGAGGAUGACAAGGAGAGAACCACGGCCAUGGAGCAGGAAUCAGAGGAAUCGGAGGCCUCGGCGUCCAUGGAAGGAGCGACGGGAUCGACGGAGAACAGACUGGGUCCUGUCGAGGUCUCUGUGGACAUAGAAGCUGUGAGGAGAGUGUACGACAGACUCCUCUCCAACGAGAAGAUCGAAUCAGCCUUCCUCAACGCCCUGGUCUACCUAACUCCCAACGUAGAGCUGGAUCUAACCUAUCUAGACGUGUACGACACCAACCCAGACUACCUAAACAUCUUCAUCAUCGUGAUGGAGAACAGCAGCCUUCACAGCCCAGAGUACCUGGAGAUGGCCAUGCCUCUGUUCUGUAAGUGUAUGAGUAAACUCCCUCUGCCUGCCCUGGCCAAGCUGACUCGCCUGUGGUCUCAGUACAGUGUAGAGCACAUCAGGCGUAUGAUGGAGACCUUCCAGCAGCUCAUCACCUACACGGUAAUCAGCAACGAGUACGACAGCGACAGUCUGGUCAACGAUGAUGAGUGUGUGGUGGCUGCAGCCAAGUGUCUGAAGCUGGUGUUCUACGCCAAUGUCCUGGGAGGAGACUUGGAUACGGGUCAUAAUGAGGAGGAGGAGCCUGCAUCAGAGUCCAGCGAGCUCACCCUGCAGGAGCUCCUGGGGGAGGAGAGGAGUAACAAGAAGGGGCCUCGGGUCGACCCUUUGGAGAAGGAGCUGGGCGUCAGGACCCUGGACUGCAGACGACCCCUCAUCCCCUUCGAGGAGUUUGUCAACGAACCGUUGAAUGAUGUUCUAGAGAUGGACAAGGACUUUACCUUCUUCAAGGUGGACUCGGAGAGUAAGUUCUCCUUCCAGAGCUGUCCCUUCGUCCUCAACGCCUGCACCAAGAGCCUGGGUCUGUACUACGACAACCGCAUCAGCAUGUACAGCGAGAGGAGGAUCACAGCGCUCUACAGCCUGGUACAAGGACAGCAGCUCAACCCGUACCUCAGGCUCAAAGUACGGCGAGACCACAUCAUCGACGACGCCCUCGUCAGGUUAGAGAUGAUCUCCAUGGAGAACCCUGCGGACCUGAGGAAGCAGCUGUUUGUGGAGUUUGAAGGAGAGCAGGGCGUCGACGAAGGAGGAGUGUCUAAAGAGUUUUUCCAGCUUGUCCUUGAGGAGAUGUUCAAUCCUGAUAUUGGCAUGUUUACGUAUGAUGAGUCCACCAAGCUGUUCUGGUACAACCCGUCCUCUCUGGAGAAUGAGGCCCAGUUCACCCUGAUAGGAAUCGUCCUGGGCCUGGCCAUCUACAACAACUGCAUCCUGGAUGUUCACUUUCCCAUGGUGGUCUACAGGAAACUGAUGGGGAAGAAAGGCACCUAUCUGGACCUGGCAGACUCACAUCCGGUUCUAUACCAGAGUCUGAAGGAGCUGCUGGACUAUGAAGGAGACGUGGAGGAGGACAUGAUGAUCACCUUCCAGAUCUCACAGACUGACCUGUUUGGAGAACCCAUCACUUACGACCUGAAGGAAAAUGGGGACAAGAUACCUGUUACUGCGGACAAUAGAAAGGAGUUUGUCUCUCUGUAUGGUGAUUACAUUCUUAAUAAGAGUGUGGAGCGCCAGUUCAAAGCCUUCAGGAGGGGCUUUCAGAUGGUCACCAACGAGUCGCCUCUCAAGUGUUUAUUUAGACCUGAAGAGGUGGAGCUACUUAUCUGUGGAAGCAGGAAUUUAGACUUUCAGGCGCUUGAAGAAACGACAGAGUAUGACGGAGGCUACAGCAAGGAUUGUCGCAUUAUUAAAGACUUCUGGGAGACGGUACAUUCAUUUGGUGAGGAGGAUAAGAGACUUUUCCUCCAGUUUACUACGGGGACUGACAGAGCACCCGUAGGAGGGCUGGGCAAGUUAAAGAUGAUCAUCGCCAAGAACGGCCCCGACACAGACAGGUUACCUACUUCUCACACGUGUUUUAAUGCUUUGCUGCUCCCUGAAUACGAUUCAAAGGAGAAACUGAAGGAGAGACUUCUCAAAGCCAUCACUUAUGCCAAAGGAUUUGGAAUGCUGUGAAACAAACAAAAAUGACAACUCUGCAAAAAAAAAAAAAAAAAAAAAUCCUGGCUUCAGUUCAAUGGUUUUAUGUUUUGUAAUGGAGAAGGGAGGAAUUAUACAACGAUGCAACAGUUGAAAUGAAUGUGGCAUUUACUGACAAGGAAGUGCUCCAGAGACUGUGUGCCUGAACAGCAACUAGACUAGCAAACAGGCAGACAUUCGAUCUAGCCCCCCCCCCAUCAGAUCCCUUUUAAUGUACGUAGAACCUCUCCUUACAUUGUAGGUUAUUCAAGCAGUUGAAAAUCAGUUAUAAUUCUUACUGGAGCUCGCUGGGUUUAUUUGAUGUGUUUAUUAAAGAUUUUUGAUGUGUAAAAACUUUUAAGAAGAAGAAGCAGGUUAUUGAUUGUUGUGAAAGUGCACUUAACUAGACCUUCUGAAUGUUAGUGAAUGGUAUAUACAGUACUGUAUACUGCCAUCUUAGGACAUUUUGUUAGUUUAUAAUAUUCUUUAAUGCCAGCAGUGUUGUCGCUAACACUUCCGAAUAUAAUACCCUCUUCAUAAUGCAUUGAAAAGUACAUUUAUAAUGUCUCAUGAGCUAUGCAUAAUGCAUUAUAAUGCCUGCCAGGUGUUUUUAUAGCUUCUCAUAGACCUCUAAUAAUGCUUUGUUUCAAGUUUUAUUGUCACGUGCAGAAGUACUGUGAAAUACUUUUCACUGUGCCUGAAGGGGGUGUUCAUAUGACGUAUUAGCGUGGUGUCGUCGAAGGCACAGGACUAUUCUAACCAGUACAAUGUUCCUGCUCUGCUAUCAGCUAUGCAAGUGGAACCCUAUUCCCUACAUAGUGCACUACUUUUAACCAGGGCCCCACAUAGGGAAUAGGGUGCCAUUUGGGACGUAACCCUACGUAGGAUGACGUCGCGUCAUCGUCUGUACUGCUGCCUCUUUGGCAAAAUCUCCCUGCUACUUUUGGCUGCAGUCCUGCACUCUUUCUAAUGUGUUGAAUAGCUUGCUGUUCAAUACGUAGAUGUUUUUUGCAAUGUUAAUUUUUGUAUGCCAGACAGAACAGAGCACUCUUAUCCCUGAUGGAGUGCUUUCAGUUUUUCUAUUUUAUUUUAAUGCAUGGUUACAAACGCAAAGUAAGUAAUUAGCUUUACAAAGCUCCAGUGACUUGUCGGGUCAUGUUAGUAGUUUGGUAGCUUACAGUUGCAAACAUUUUUUUUGGGGGGGGGGGGGGGUGCUUUUCCCAGAAUCCCUUGGUUUUCUAGAAAUCCCGGUUGGAAGAGUCCCAGAAUCGGGAAUAAAGAGGAAAUCCAGAAAUCCAGAAUCCUCCAUCCAGGAGUUUUUGGAAAAACCUGGGAAUUUUAGGAAUGUUAUAGCAGAAUUCUGCAACUCGAAUCUUGACUUCACAGUUAAUCUGACCCAUAUAUAAUGUGAAAUAUUGACUUGGAGAAAAGUGUUUUUUAUAAUAAUACCACUGAAUUGAUGGGCCACAUCAAUUGGAUGUUACUUCAGGGAAUAUCACAGAACAGUGUUUUAUUCCCUGAAGUAUUUUGGUUCGUUGGUGUUUUGAUUUGGUGUGACUGUGGUUUGGUUUUCUUGGUCAUUAUGUUAUACACCUGAACACCUUGCCAAGCUAUGCAGAACAUUUUUGGGUUUAAUAUCCAGUGAUGUGUACAACAGUCUUGGCAGGGAAGGGUUUAAUGGUUUGGUUUAAUAUCCAAUGAUGUGUACAACAGUCUUGGCAGGGAAGUUCAGUUCCUUCAGAAAGUAUUUCCAAUUCCUAGAUUUAUUCCACAUGUUGUUAUUUUACUGCCUGAAUUCAACAUGGAUUCAAUUUAUUUUCACCCUUCUACAUACAAUACCCCACAAUUACAAAGUGAAAAAAAAAAUGUGUUGAAAUUUUAGCAAAUGUAUUAAAUAAAAUAAAGAUAUCCAAUUUACAUCAGUAUUCACACCCCUAAAUCAAUAGCUGGUAGAAUCCCCUUUGGUAGCGAUUACAGCUGUGAGUAUUUCUGAAUAAGUCUGUAAGAGCUUUGCACACCUGGAUUGUACAAUAAUCGCACAUUCUUAAAAAAAGAAUAUUCAAGUUCUGUCAAGUUGGUUGUUUGAUAAUUGCUAGACAGCCACUUGAACAUCUUGCCAUAGAUUUUCAAGCAGAUUUUAAUUCAUAACUGUAACGAGGUUACUCAGGAACCUUCAAUGUCUUCUUGGUAAACAACUCCAGUGUAUAUUCGGCCUUGUGUUUUAGGUUAUUGUCCUGCUGAAAGGUGAAUUUGUCUCCCAGUGUCUGCUGGAAAGCAGACUGAACCAGGUUUUCCUAGACCUUCCUGAUGACAAGCAUACCCAUAACAUGAAAGCAACCGCCACUAUGCAUAACACAUUGAUUAUAUGAAUAUUAGUACUUAGUGAAGUGUUGGAUUUGCCCCAAACGUAACACUUUUUAUUCAGGACAUAAAGUUCAUUUCUUUGCCACAUUUUUUUGCAGUAUUACUUUAGUGCCUUGUUGCAAACAGAAUGCAUGUUUUUGAAUAUUUUUUUAUUCUGUACAGGCUUCCUUCUUUUCACUUUGUCAUGUAGGUUUGUAUUGUGGAGUAACUACAAUGUUGUUGAUCCAUCCUCAGUUUUCUCCUAUCACAGCCAUUAAACUCUGUUUUUAAAAUCACCAUGAGCCUCAUUGUGAGAAAUCGCUAUUUAAUUCAUUUUCAUUUCAGGCUGUAAGACAAAAUGUGGGGGGAAAAAAUCAAGGGCUGUGAAUACUUUCUGAAGGUGAUGUAUUUAGUUGUUUGCUGCCUGGUUUAUUUUGAUAUAAUGGAAAUGAAGGAAAGUACAAACAUUAUAAUUAAACACUUGAUGUGUCAACAUAAUGCAAAAUAAAAUAAUACAUUUUUAA